AUGCCAAUCGGACUCAAUAACCACAUCAGUAACCCUGGUACCUUCUCAACCCAUUCCACAACCAUUCAACCACAACAGCACUUGACGAAUCGACCAAAUAAAUAUAAAUACCUAAUUAAACUCAAUCGAGAACAGUUUUCAUCAUCAAUCAACAACAAUAACAACAAAAUGCGCAGCAUUACCCUCAUCCUCCUGCUACUGAAAACGACCUUGGCAGGACAACCCGUAUACAAAUACAGGUACGAAACAGAAGACGUGAUGAAAACCGCUGCCUCCAACGUACCCCUCAGAGGCUACCACGUGAUAGAAGGAGGAUACUACCCUUCGCAACUCGGAGAACCCUUAGAACCAGGACUGUCUAGACUAGGUAACAUCCAGGGAGGCUACUAUCCCUCACAACUCGGGGGAGCCUUGAAACCAGGACUAUCCAGAGUAGGGGGUAGCUACCCCUCACAACUCGGAGUAGCCUUAGAGCCUGGACUGUCUAGAGUUGGUAACAUCCAGGGAGGUUACUACCCUUCGCAACUUGGGGAAGCCUUAGAACCAGGACUCUUCAGAGGAGAUUACUACCCUUCUGGGAUUAAGCAAAGCCUGGAAAACAAUCCCCAGUACCAAACAGCCCCCAUAACUCUUAUCAAGCCCAUUGUUAACGGUCAUACCCUUAAUGUGCCUCUUAGUAAUGGUCUGCAGUACCUGGGAGACCAACAAUUUAGGUACAUACCUUCUGGGAUGGGUCCAGGUAAUUUUGGGCAUUCUGGAAGAGCAUUUGGGCCUCCUCCCUUGCAAGGUCUUGGUGGUUAUGGGGGUGAGAGUGUGGAGAAAAGCGACUUUAGCGAAUCAGGGAAAAAAUCGAAUGAUGAGAGGUACGAAAAAGGGCAGGGUAAAAAGGGUGAGGAGGUGAAUCAUGGUGAGGAAGGGUUUUCUGAGAAAGAGGUAGCUCUGAAGGAUGUCAAGGGUGAUUCGGGGUAUUAUAGCAAUGUGGAUGGUGAGAAGAAGGUGUACGAAGAUGGUAAAAAGUAUAGUGGAGGACAUCACUUCAAUAAUGAAGGACAAAACGGUGCAGAAAAAACCGCCAAACAGGGCCACAAAAAGGGCCACAAAAUCAAGAGCUUCAAAACCUCCCAUCACAAAGACGAAUCCGGGACCGAUGAACAAUACUACGACGAAGCCCACGACGAGGCCGGAAACUACAUGUUUAACGGACAGUCCGGUAAAUUCGGGGAAAACGCCGCGUCCUCCUUCAAGGGGGGCAACCAGGAGGAAAAAUACAAAGUGGGGGAAAACAAAAAGGAAGGCCACCACAGCACUGAACACUCUGUAGGGGAGAAACAGGCGAAUCAGGGAAAGUACGGGGGGAACAAGUUUGCAGGGAACGAGGCAGUUUUCGGGUACAAAAAUGGGGCUGAUGAACAGAGUCUUUUGGGACAUCAGGAGGCUAGUAAAGUGUAUAAGACCAGCCCGUUCAUAGCUCCGUUUCAUAAUUAUUGAUUGCGUGUGUGCCCAUUACACGAAAAACCAAAAUGUUCUUUCCACAUAAGUAAUUUGACGUAAAAUUUGAAAUUCAACAAGGAAAAAGCUAAAUACUCGAAGUGGAAAGCAAUGGUCACAACAAGAAAGAAACUCAAAGUCAUUACCACAAUAUAGUUCGUGAAAUGAACGAAAACGAGAGAAAAACAACUACUUUCCUGGC